AUGUCUCAAUUGUUUCGUCGUUUCAUUUCAUUACCUAUUCAAUCGAUACGUUCUUUUCAUUCAUUUGAUGAAGUAACACCUGCAAAAUAUAUUUCUACUCGUCUUCAAAAUGGUAUUGGUUCUCGAUAUGUUUGUCAAUUACAACGUUUAACUAUACAAGUAUGCAAAGAAUUUCGUACAUCAUUUGGUACAAGAGAAUGGAUUGCAAAUGAAUUAACUGCAUUUGCUCGACAACAUCCAUAUGUUGUUAUUUAUGUUCAACCACGUCGUCAUCGUCCACCGAAUGUUAUUGGAGAAUAUUUAAGUGGUGAUCGUCAAUGGAUUCCACUUUCAAAUUGUGAUCGAUCCCAUGUUAAUUGGUGGAUACAUUCAUUAUUAACACAACAAGGUGAUCCACAAUGGAGAUUAUUAAAACAAAUGCAUACAGAUUCUCCAUCAAUACAAGGUACAUGGACACCAUUUACAAAUAAACCAAUUGAUCGAACAUUAAGAAUAUAUCCAGAUAAAGAUCUUACUGAUAUUGAAUAUCCACAAAUGACUGCAACACAACAAAUCAAAGAAUUAUUUGAACAAGAAAAACUAAAUAAAACUACAUAG